AUGGAUUUAGUUAAUAUUCAACCAGACCAUUCACAAUUUUUAAGUAGUAAACAAUCUUCAUUAUUUGAUCAUAUAACUUCAAUUAAUAAUAAUAAUAAUAAUAAUAUUAAUACUGGCACUCCCAAUAAUUUAAUUCAUAAAAAAAAAUUAAAAUCAACUCAAACUAAUAUUAGAAGUUAUGAUAUUAAUAAUUAUUUAAAAAAGGACGAUGAUGGUGAUGAUGAUAUCAACAGUUAUUUAAAAGAGGACGAUGAUGAUGAUAUAAGUGAUAUUAGUGAAAUUUCAGAUUACGAAGAAGAUGAUGACGAUGACGAUGACGAUGACGAUGAAGAAAACGAAGAAGAAGACGAAGAAGAAGACGAAGAAGAAGACGAUGAAGCAGAAGAUGAUGAAGCAGAAGAUGAUGAAGCACAAAAAGAAGCAGAAAAAGAAGAAGAAGAAGUUGGAAAACAUAAAUUCUCAAGUGGAAAGUUCUAUAUUGGAAGCUCUCCAUCAUCAACAAGUAAAACACAGUUACCUCAAACUUUACAACAGGAUGAUUAUCAACAACUACAUCAAUAUACUAAACAUCGACAAGAUUCAUUAUUUAGUAAUACACAACUCAUAAAUUUAUUAUCAACUAAUCAAGAGGAAAACAUUAAUGAAUGCAAAUCAACUGACGUUUCAGAAGAUGAAUUAGAGGAAGAAGAAGAAGAAAAAGAAGAAAAAGAAGAAGAAGAAGAAGUCAAUGAUAGUGAAUGGCUAAGUAUAUCAGAAUCCGAAUCCUCAACAUCAUCUACUAUUUCCAAAUUUUCAAUCAAAUCUCCUAAAUCAUUAAAUGAACAAUCACAUUCUUCAAAUCCGAAUUUAAUCACUAAGAUAAAUCCAUUGUCAUCGGCCUCUUCGUCAUCGAAACCUAGUUUAUUAAGUUCUUUAAUUAGAGAUCCUCCAUCAAUUAGACCUCCCCCAUUACAAAGAUCAUCUACUGAUAAUCAAGCUACAUCAAAAUUAUACAAUAAUCAUAGUAAUCCUAGACAACAAUUAUUAUUCACUAAAAAAUUUCCAUCAGUAACUGAUCUAUCAUUGUUAGAUAAUAACGUAAAAUUUAAAAGUUCAUCAUCAAACCUAAGUCUAUCCAAUAAAUUGCAUUCUAAUGAAAUUAAACGACCUAAUUUAGUCAAACAAAAAAGUGUCGUGGGAAUUUCUGAUAUAAAUAUAUCUAAAGUACCAACAAGUGCAAAGAUUCAAAAUGAAGAGCAUGAAUUAUUAAGUUCAAGUUUAAAUAAAUACUCAAAAUCUUUAUCAAAUCAUUCACUAAGAAAUUUACUUAGUAAAAGUUCAAUUAAUCUUUCAAAAAUUUAUAAUUCAAGUAAAAAUAAAUUAAAAAAAGAACAGAAUUCAACUCCAAAAGAAAGAACAGAAGAAUCAAAACAAUUACCUAUUUCACCUCCAUUAAGUGAAUCAAAAACCGAUUUAAAACAACAGCAGAAAUCCUCAAGUUCAUUAAGUUCAUCCUCAUCACCAUCAAUUAAGAUAAUCAAUAAUAUUCCCAAUUGUACAUCACCACCAUUAAUCAACACUACACCUAAAAAACUAUCAAGAGUAACAAAUUCUUAUUUAACAUUAAAUGAGAGUUUAUUAAAUGAAAAUUUAUCACAAUCAUUAAAAGAAUCAAUUUUGAUUGAUAAUAAAUUGGGGAAAGUUGCCUUACCAGAACAUGUAAUAAAUGUGAAUGAAAUAUAUUUGAAAAGACAAGAUGGGCUUAGGGAUAUUGAUGAUUUUGAUGAUUAUCAUGCGAAAGGAUGGUAG